CUGCCGUAGACCGGAAACACAACAACAAACAUGGUGCUGGAGAAGAAGACCUCCGCUCGGGUGGAGGCGGGCCAGCGUCGGGUUUUGGACGAAGCGACCAGACAGAGGAGACUAUCUCGUCAACUGGAAGCUCUGGAGAAAGACAACUUCCAGGACGACCCUCUGUCCUCCCUCCCUCCCCCAGGUCCUACCGCCCGUCUCCCCGCCUUCAGCGAGACAGAAGAACCAGAGAAGAAGAGGAGGAAGACGAGGGGUGACCAUUUCAAACAGCGUUUCAGGAAGAACUUCACCACCCUGCUGGAGGAGGAGAACCUGUCGGAGAGGCCGGAGCCAAACUACCUGUCGGCGGCGGCUCCGCCCUCGUCGCUGCCGCCUCGCCACUUCUGCUGCGUCUGCGGUUUCCCCUCACACUACACGUGUACCACCUGCGGGGGGCGCUACUGCAGCACCAAGUGCCUGUGCACGCACAGAGAGACCAGGUGUCUGAAGUGGACGCUGUAACUGUCGCCGUGGUGACGAAGCUUCGUCUCUUCUUUUCCUCUUAAACUAUUAAACAGGUCAAACAUCGUCUCAGUGAAAGGUUUAUGUUCAUAUGACUUUAAGAGCAAAUUAUAUAAGUGUCAACAUUUGUAUCUUUGGACCCGACUGAUCAGUCCUUUUUGUUCAUGUUGUUUUGUAAAUAAUUUCAUAAUUAAUAAAACAAAAGUUCAUACAAAAAAA